GGACAAAUAAGGCCACUUUUGGACUCUUUUAGAUCUUUGUAGGGUACAUGUUUAUGUCACCUGUCGGUUCAGUGAUUAGGAUGGGGGUUAGACCUCGAUAUGUGUGAAACAAUAGUUACUUCCUGAUGAUGAUGUGCAGGGGAGGUAAGGUCCUAUAUUUAGUAGACCUUGGAGUGCAGAACUUGGGAAGAGAUUCACAAAGUGGGAACUUGUCUGUUUUGCUCUCUGGCUGUUUUAGUACAAUCUUAUUCGUCUUUGGCCCUAUUAUACCAGAUUUUGCUUCCCAAUUUGUCGAGUGGUUUGAUAAAUGCUGCUCCCCUAGAGGUGGCGGCAUAGUAAGAAGUAAUGGACAGAAUGAGCAUGCAGGGCAGUCUGCUGGAUGGAAGAAUGUAUCCUCACUGGGUUUAUCAGGGACAGAGUCCUGAUGAAUUGAAGCAUCUGCUGAUAUACACGACCCUGGAGUUGGAAUCUACCCGAUUAAAUGCAAAGGAUGAAAUCAAACGACAUGAAGAGACAGCAAGGCAAUUAAUGCAACUGCUCCAUGUAACUUGCAAAGAAAGAGAUGAGGCAAGGGAGCAGUGCCAGAAACUGCAAGAAAAGCUAAUUCAGAGAGGUCUAACUGAUUUCCACUCUGGUCUUUCAAAUUUGUCACCUGACAGUCCUGCUGGAAGAUCACUCAGAGGUGACUCCACUAUCACAGAAUGUGAUAGUAUUUCUGGCACAUACAAGCAUCACUCUUUUGUGUCAUCCCCUGGGCAAUCAAUGUUUGAUGCAGUCUCGUCAAUACAAGAGCCUUCUAAACUAAACCUCACAGACUCUAAUAGCAUGGACUUGUUGCAACAACCAUUAUUUGAAUUCUGUGAAGAAUACCACCAAUCUUCAUUUCCUGGACAAAGUAUGCAACAAGUUCAGUUGCCAUUAGGGUGCAACACAGGCAGACCUGGGAAUUAUAGGACUCAGAACCAGUUAGGGCUGUGCCAGAAAAAUAUGGGAAGCUCUUCCAAUAUAUCUGAAAUUCAUCGCUCUUCUUUUGUGCCAAAUGACUUGCGGAUUAUGGAGUCACAAUCUCUAGUAAAUGUUAGCUCAUCAGUUGCAGAGCGCAAUAUGCAUGUUGAGCAUCAACCUUCAAUUCAAUCAACUGUAAACGCAUCUAAUUAUGGCUGUGAUAUGCAAUGUCAGCAGCAAGAUAUUUUAAACUUGCAACAACAUGUCAAUGAACAGAACAAGGCUAACCACCACCAGCAGGAAAUCAACCACAGUUCCCCUUCAGAAGGAGAAACACAGGGUCCAGUCAUACAAAUGAGAUCCUCUGAACAUAUACAAUCAGAGGAGCUUAUUUCUGACAAGGGGUUGCAAUCUAAGGAUGGAAAACUGUGCUCCCAAUUCAGUGCAGAGAAUGAGUCGUUGUGGCAAGCUGCUGGCUCAGUGAAUUUUCCAGAGAAAAUAAAUGCCUUGCCACAUGAACCCUUUGUGGGCGAGUGUGGGAUGAUAAAGAGCAGUCCACCUCCAUCAGCUGCUUGCUUAUCACCAGUUGUAAAUCAUAGGAUAUCCACCAUGCCAGUCAAUAUGCCAUCUUCACAAACUAUUGCUGGAGCUUCCUCAAAUAUCAUGCAGUUGCAGAAGCAUGGAGAUUUGAUCUCUAAUGCAGUACAUGCUCAUUUACCGGAACCACCAGAAGCUGAUCCUCAAGUAAUAAUGAAAUCUCUGCCAGAGAAAGGCAAGCUGCUGGAAGCUGUAAUGAAAGCUGGGCCUUUGCUGCAGACCCUUCUACUUGCAGGGCCUCUUCCACAGUGGCGACAUCCUCCACCACCAUUGGACUCUUUUGAUAUUCCUUUGGUCUCUAUGCCAACUUCCAACCUAAUAAACCCUCUUCUGAAGCCAACCCAACUAAAUGCACCUGCUCGUAAUGGAAAACAAUUAGUCCCAAGUUCUAGGCCUGUCUUCUGUUCUCUGUAUCAGAAUGACGCUUCUCAUAUACCUGCUAAUGCUCCACUGCAGUCAGCAGCUUCAACUAGUUCAUCUUCCAAGAAGAGAACUCUGCCUAGUUCUGCAGUCAAUGGCCAUUUUGUGCAUGACCCAAGAUCUUCUCUUAAAUACGCCAAAUUGCAAUGACUCAGUAAAUGACUUUACCAUAUGCUACUAAACUGACAGCUCCAAAGCCUCCGAAGCUCUUCUCAUAAUUGCCAUCUUCCAUUCUUCUGUCUUGCAGGAAAUGGCAGGGACAUGAGGUUGAGAUCCGAUACUAGUUUCCUGUAGCUUUUAUACUUUAUUACUGUUUUUGUAAACUUUUUGUAGUUCAUGAGGCAAGAAGAUGAAAGGAAAAAGCCUUACUAAACUAAAUAGUGGCCAGUUGUACAGGAUUGCAAAAGGAUUAGAUUCAUUAACUAAAUGCCCACCAGGGUUGCGAUGGUCCAGCCUUUGAGUGGUGUUAAUAGUUUGUAUAAGAUAUUACUAUGUAAAUUUGGUGGAACCUUUUAACCAGCUAUAAUAGUAUUACCAGAAAUCUUAGAAUUC